AUGGACAAACAAGCACAAGACAAUAAAUCAAAUCAACAAAACCCAAAUCAUCCAUCAACUGGACCUGGAAGAUCAUCUGGUUAUAGCGGAGCUCCAAGUAACUUGGAUAACAGAGCCAAUCAAAUGAAUCCAAACCAAUCUGGAAGAAAGUAA